UUGGUGGUGGUGGUCUGGUCACUGUCACAGAAACGAGCGACAGACAAGACACAAGUCAUCACAGUUGUUCCGGUUUUCGAAGGUUGUAAUUUAGUCAGUUUUGUUCGAGCGAGCUAAAGUUUUUUAAUUAAUCUAAAGUUUAUUUAACCAGUCACACGCAAAAUAUUAUAGUUCGUGCAUAUAGCUGGAGUUUAGAUGUAAAAAAUCGAAAUGCAAAACUAAAAUUUUGCAAACAAAAGAAUUAUCUAAAAACUAAAACAACUCUGUAUGAUGUUAAAAAAGCAACUUGCUUGCACCAAGUUAAUAUACCUAUUGAAUUCUGUAUUUAAAUAAAAUAAAGCAUAUUACUGUCAUUUGUGGGCUGGUGGUUUAACAAUUAAAACAGUUCGAAUCAAAAUUAAAUCAAACUAUUUCUCCGUCGUCGGUCGAUUUAAAGUAGAUAAACAAAUUGAUUAAUUACUUGGUAUUAAAUAAUGGCAGCGGCGGCGGCUACAAGUGUUGUUGUCUUGGAUCGUGGAAAUAAUACAACAUGCACAAUAAACUUACACGGAGCUACAGUCGUAUCCUGGCGUGUAAAUAACCAAGAGCAGUUAUUCGUUAGUAAGCUAGCAUCUUUCGAUGGAAAAAAGGCUAUCCGAGGAGGGAUUCCAUUUGUUUUUCCUCAAUUUGGUCCGUGGGCACUAGGACCACAGCACGGAUUUUCAAGAAUAACCCGAUGGACACUUGAAAGACCACCAGAAAGAUUGCACAAUGGAGAUGUAGAAGCACUUUUUUCACUUAUGGAUACUGAAUUUACAAGAAAUAUGUGGAAUUAUCCAUUUCGAAUAACUUACCGUCUUAUUUUACGUGAAAAAGAACUUCAUUUCCACAUUGGUGUGUACAAUCCAAGUAAGGACCUCACAUUUACCUUCAACUUAUUACUGCACAACUACUUAAAGGUUCCUGAUGUCCGUAGAUGCCAAAUAACUGGCCUCCAUGGAUGUACAUUUAUUGACAAAACACGUGAUGGAGCAUUGUAUCAAGAAGGGAGAGAAGUCGUGACUAUUGGUGAAUGGACCGAUAGAAUCUACCAGCAAACUCCUCAGGAACAUGUCAUAACAAAUGUUGUUUCUGGGAGAAAAAUGCGAGUGCAUAAAUAUAACUUUCCUGAUACUGUUGUGUGGAAUCCAUGGAUAGAUCAAGCUCGGGAAAUUUCCGAUUUUGGAGACGAUGAAUAUCCAAACAUGUUGUGUGUGGAAUCAGGCCACGUUUCAUCUCCGGUUAUUCUUUUACCAGGAACUGCAUUCGAAGCUAGUCAAAUACUACAAAUCAUCAUUGAAGGAAAUGUCAAUAGAAAAACCAAACGGAACCGCUAGCAGUAGCUAUAGCAUAAACUAAAUAAUAUCCAAUGAGAUCAAAAAAAAGCUUAAAAGUGCCAGACGAGCCCAAAACUUGCCUAAUGGAACUUAACAUAGAAUAAUUAAUCAUUUGGAUUGAGUUAUUUGUUUUAUUUUUUAAUUAUCUUGUUCUUAUUGGAAAAAAACUCGUAAACGAGCAAAAAUGUAAAAUGAAAAGUUAAAGUGUGGUUUUAAAUUUAUUAUUAAAUAAUAAUUUAGAUUUUGUACUAUUAUUGCUAAAAUGAAAGACAACUAAAAACACCAGUGUGAUCUAAUCUUUGUAAGUUAAAAGGUUGCUAUUUGUAUAACAAUUAUUUGUAUGAAAUGCUAAGUACCAUUACAUUAAAAUCAGUCUUAAAAUUUAAAUUUAUAUUUUGUUUAAUAAAAUUUCAUGUUAAGCAUAAGUUUAGUAUAUUGAAUAGUUAACAAGAGGAGAACAGUGUUGGUUAUUUAAUAGAGGUUUUUUUUUUAUAAAUUUUGCCCUUGUUUUUAGUUAAAACCGGUGUAUUGAAAUAAUUGGCACAAAUUUUCAAUUUGAUUAAUGGGAGGGAAUGAAGUACUUGAUUAUUAUUUGUAUUUGUAGCUUCCGCUGAUGUCUUACUUUUGUUUAAGAAUAUUUUUUUAUAGUUGUUUAUAAUCUAUGUGUCCCAGUAAAAACAGACCAAAGAGGGUUGUUGGAAACAAGUUAGGAAGCAUGAGCUCUUGUGCAAGAGUUUUGUCUUAAUAUGUUGAUACACAUUUGUUUUAAGUUUAAAAAUGUAUACACUCUAUGGCAUACUUAUCCAACAAAUGCCUUAUGCACUUGUACCACUUUUUGUCAAUAAUGAAAUACAGGGUUGGAAUCGGCUAAGGUGAUUGCAAUCAAAAUGGUCGAAUUUGAUCUACGUAAGGUGAUAGUCAAAUUGAUACCUAAAAAUAUGUCACAAAAAAAUGUGAUAGUCAGAUAUGUUUAUUCCGAAUAGAGCUACCAGACGCUUACAAAAACACUUUGUUUCUUUAAAAAACACAUUCCUGUGACCGACAAAGCCUACUACAUUCGGAAAAAGCAAGAAAAGUAAGAGUUGUAUGCAAAAUCAGCCAAUUUGAAACUUUUAUUUAGAUAUUUUAUAAGAAUCAAUUUAAAAUUUCACCAAGGCAACAACGAAUUUUGUCAAUUUGAAUCAGAAAUUGUUCAAUCGAAUUGAUUUGAGUUGAAUCAUCUUACACAGACGGAAU